UUUUUUUAUUUUAUAAAGAUUGAGGUGCUCUUUUUAAAAAUCGAUUUUAGAGAGAGCAAAAGGUGUGUGAGAGAGAGACCAAUCAGUUGCUUCCCAUUCGUACCCCAACUGGGAACUGAACCCACAACUAGGUAUGUACUGUGACAGGGAAUCAAACCUGCAACGUUCAGUGUUCAGGACAACACUCCAACCAACUGAGCCACCUGGCGAAGGCAAAUCAUUUAUCUCUGUUAAAUGGCAGCCCUGAGUUCACAUUCUUGGUAAUGUUCAUAGGAAUAUGUAAAAUGUUAACUUCACCACUGAUACAAUUUAUGAAUCUUUUGGUUAUUACAAUGCUACUUGAGUUUUCUAGAAAGCAACAAUUCCAAAGUUUUCACGUGUUUUUAUAGACUCUAAAGUGCCAUGCAUGCAACAGUCACUUAAUAAACAUUAUCUAUGCUGAAUAAAAACCUAGGGAAUGUGUCUCCUACACAAGACAUACUGUAAUUCCUAUCGAAUACUGUGAUUUGAUAUACAAUUCAGCUGUUUUUGUGGGAUGUGGUAUACACAAGAUUUGAAAAUGGAGGAUAGUUCAUGUGAGGGGAAAUAUCUUUAUUACUUCAAGACCCAUGAGUCAAUCUCAGAGCGCUAUAUUAACCAAGAUUAAAACUAUUCAGACAUCAUUAACAUCUGAAAAUAUAUUGUACCCCACUUUUACUUAGUGAUAAACAAUUACUUACAGAUCUUAUUGACUACCACAGUUGGUUAGACUUUAAAUGAUAUUAGUGCAGGGAAAUUUGACAGCUGAAGAUGACUCACCCAUAAGAUGUAUUUAUAUUGAAAUAAGUGAUUUUACAUUUUCUACUGUUGGGGAACAGAUUGAAAGUUUUCCAUCCUCCUGUAUUUGCCACAAAAGCUAUCUGACUCGAAGACAAAACCGUGACCAUGAGCCCGGUGACACUGCAGAUUUUAGGGCUCCUUCUCAGUACGACCACCAAUCUGCUGACGGAUUUGUGAAUCAUUAUUUCAAUAAUGAGGACAACCAGCACCAACUCAUGAUUAACAGCUCAGAGAGAGAAACGUUUGAGGGAGGAUGGAUGCAAAAGCUCGAAAUUGUUUGCUUCAACAUAGAGAAGCCCUGGAAAAGGACAUCAAAACAUCCUACAUAAUGGAUCACAUGAUUAGUGAUGGAGUUUUAACACCCUCUGAGGAGGAAAAAGUGAAAAAUGAGCCUACUCAACAGCAUCGAGCGGCAUUGCUAAUUAAAAUGAUACUUAAAAAAGAUAAUUAUUCCUACAUAUCAUUCUACAAUGCUUUAUUACAUGAAGGGUAUAAAGAUCUUGCUGUCCUUCUCCAUGGUGGCCUUCCUGUCAUCUCUUCUUCCAAUGGCAAAGAUUCAGUUGGUGGAAUAACUUCAUAUGUAAGAACAGUCCUGUGUGAAGGAGGAGUACCGCAGAGGCCAGUUGUUUUUGUUACUAGAAAGAAGCUGGUGAAUGCAAUUCAGCAGAAGCUCUUCAAACUGAACGGUGAACCAGGAUGGGUCACUGUAUAUGGAAUGGCAGGUUGUGGGAAGUCUGUAUUAGCUGCAGAAGCUGUUAGAGAUCAUGCCUUCUUAGAAGGUUGUUUCCCAGGGGGUGUGCACUGGGUUUCGGUUGGGAAACAGGACAAAUCUGGGCUUCUGAUGAAACUACAGAACCUUUGUACACGGCUGGAUCAGGAUGAGAGUUUCUCCCAGAGGCUUCCACUUAAUAUUGAAGAGGCUAAAGACCGUCUCCGUAUUCUGAUGCUGCGCAAACAUCCAAGGUCUCUUUUGAUCUUGGAUGACGUUUGGGAUCCUUGGGUGUUAAAAGCUUUUGACAAUCAGUGUCAGAUUCUUCUUACAACCAGAGACAAGAGUGUUACAGAUUCAGUAAUGGGUCCUAAAUUUGUAGUUUCUGUGGAGAGUGGCUUAGGAAAAGAAAAAGGACUUGAAAUUUUAUCCCUUUUUGUUAAUAUGAAGAAAUCAGAUUUGCCAGAACAAGCUCAUAGUAUUAUAAAAGAAUGCAAAGGUUCUCCUCUUGUAGUGUCUUUAAUUGGUGCUCUUUUACGCGAUUUUCCCAACCGCUGGGAAUACUACCUCAGGCAACUUCAGAAUAAGCAGUUUAAGAGGAUACGGAAAUCUUCAUCUUAUGAUUAUGAGGCUUUGGAUGAAGCCAUGUCUAUAAGUGUUGACAUGCUCGAAGAAGAUAUGAAAGGUUAUUACACAGAUCUUUCCAUCUUUCAGAAGGAUGUUAAGGUGCCUACAAAGGUGUUGUGUGUUCUCUGGGACAUGGAAACUGAAGAAGUCGAAGACAUACUGCAGGAGUUUGUUAAUAAGUCUCUCUUAUUCUGUGAUCGGAAUGGAAAAUCAUUUUGUUAUUAUUUGCAUGAUCUUCAAGUAGAUUUCCUUACAGAGAAGAACCGCAACCAGCUUCAGGAUCUACAUAAGAAGAUAAUCACUCAGUUCCAGAGAUAUCACCAGCCACAUACUCUGUCAAUAGAUCAGGAGGACUGCAUGUACUGGUACAAUUAUCUGGCCUAUCACAUGGCCAGUGCCAGUAUGCACAAAGAACUUCGUGCUUUAAUGUUUUCCCUGGAUUGGAUUAAAGCAAAAACAGAACUCGUAGGCCCUGCUCAUCUAAUUCAUGAAUUUGUGGAAUACAGGCAUAUACUGGAUGAAAAGGAUUGUGCAGUAUGUGAGAAUUUCCAGGAGUUUUUAUCUUUAAAUGGACAUCUUCUUGGACGACAACCGUUUCCUAAUAUUGUACAGCUGGGUCUCUGUGAACCGGAAACUUCAGAAGUUUAUCAGCAAGCUAAGCUGCAGGCCAAGCAGGAGGUCGAUAAUGGAAUGCUUUACCUGGAGUGGAUAAACAAAAAAACCAUCAAGAAUCUCUCCCGCUUAGUUGUCCGCCCCCAUACAGAUACUGUUUACCAUGCUUGCUUUUCUGCGGAUGGUCACAGAAUAGCAUCUUGUGGAGCUGAUAAAACCUUACAGGUGUUCAAAGCUGAAACAGGAGAGAAACUUCUAGAAAUCAAGGCUCAUGAAGAUGAAGUGCUUUGCUGUGCAUUCUCUGCAGAUGACAAAUUUAUAGCAACCUGCUCAGGGGAUAAAAAAGUGAAGAUUUGGAAUUCUAUGACUGGGCAACUAGUGCACAGCUAUGAUGAGCACUCAGAGCAAGUCAAUUGUUGCCACUUCACCCACAACAGUCAUCCCCUUCUUUUAGCCACUGGGUCAAGUGACGGCAUCCUCAAACUCUGGGAUUUGAAUCAAGAAUCUUGUCGAAAUACCUUGUUAGGCCAUAACAAUUCAGCUAAUCACUGCAGAUUUUCACCAGACGAUAAGCUUUUGGCUAGUUGCUCAGCUGAUGGAACAUUAAAGCUUUGGGAUGUGAAAUCAGCAAAUGAGAGGAAAACCAUUAAUGUGAAGCUGUUCUUCCUAACUUCAGAGGAGCCUCAAGAGGACAUGGAAGUGAUAGUGAAAUGUUGUUCAUGGUCUUCUGAUGGGUCUAGGAUAAUGGUGGCAGCCAAAAAUAAAAUCUUUCUUUUUGACAUUCAUACCAGUGGUCUGUUGGGAGAAAUCCACAUGGGCCAUCACAGCACCAUCCAGUACUGUGACUUCUCCCCCCAUAACCACUUGGCAGUGGUGGCUUUGUCCCAGUACUGUGUGGAGCUGUGGAAUGUGGACUCGUGUUUAAAAGUAGCAGAUUGCAGAGGACAUUUAAGUUGGGUUCGUUGUGUGAUGUUUUCUCCUGAUGGAUCAUCCUUUUUGACAUCUUCUGAUGACCAGACAAUCAGGCUCUGGGAGACAAAGAAAGUAUGUGAGAACUCUGCGAUAGUGUUAAAGCAAGAAAUAGAUGUUGUAUUUCAAGAAAAUGAAGUGAUGGUUCUUGCAGUUGACAAUAUAAGACAUCUGCAACUCAUUAAUGGAAAAACAGGUCAGAUUGAUUAUCUGACUGAAGCUCAGGUUAGUUGCUGUUGCUUAAGUCCGGACCUUGAGUACAUUGCAUUUGGAGACAACAGUGGAACCAUUGAGAUUUUAGAACUUCUAAACCACAGGAUUUUCCGAUCUAGGAUUGGGCACAAGAACACUGUAUGGCACAUGCAGUUCACAGAUGAUGGGAAGACUCUAAUCUCAAGCUCUGAUGAUUCUACAAUUCAGGUAUGGAAUUGGCAAUCAGGGGAUUAUAUCUUUCUGCAAGCCCAUCAGGAAACAGUGAAAGACUUUAGGCUCUUGAAAAAUUCAAGACUGCUUUCCUGGUCAUUUGAUGGAACGGUGAAGGUAUGGGAUAUUACUACUGGAAAAGUAGAGAAAGACUUUGUCUGUCACCAGGAUACAGUUCUUUCUUGUGAUAUUUCUCCUGAUGCUACCAAGUUUUCGUCCACCUCUGCUGACAAGACUGCAAAGAUUUGGAGUUUUGAACUCCCUGCGCCUCUUCAUGAACUGGAGGGCCACAAAGGCUGUGUGCGCUGCUCUGUCUUCUCUGUGGACAGUACCCUGUUGGCAACUGGAGAUGACAAUGGAGAAAUCAAGAUAUGGAAUGUGUCAAACGGUGCGCUUCUUCAUUCGUGCCCUCCAAUUUCCAUAGAAGAAGGAGCUGCUACCCACGGAGGCUGGGUGACCGACCUCUGCUUUUCUCCAGAUAGCAAAAUGCUUGUCUCUGCUGGAGGCUAUCUUAAGUGGUGGAAUGUUGUCACUGGGGAAUCCUCACAGACCUUCUACACAAAUGGAACCAACCUUAAGAAAAUACAUGUGUCCCCUGACUUCAAAACAUAUGUGACUGUUGAUAAUCUUGGUAUUUUAUAUAUUUUACAGAUUUUAGAGUAAGAUAGUUAAACAUUAAUGUACGUUGAACUCUUUUAAAUU